AUGGAUUUUAAAUCCUAUCUGUUUUCUUGGGCAGCGAAAAAAUCGCUUAUACCAACCUUCGACAUUCGGGCUACAGGACCGAAACAUCGCCAGCGGUUUCUUUGUGAGGUUCGCGUUGAAGGCCAUACUUAUGUGGGUGCGGGGAACUCUGUAACGAAGAAGGAGGCUCAGAAAAAUGCUUCCCGUGAUUUUAUCAACUAUCUCGUUCGUUCUGGUGAGAUUUCACAGAAGGAUGUCCCUGAAGAUCUACAAACUCAGGUCUCCGAUGAAACGGCCCCCACAGCCCCCACAGGGUCGGCAGGAACACAACAGAUCAAGCCUGUGUUUCAGUUGGGUACUGGGCCGGAAACAAUGGGGCAGGCUUACCAAGCUUAUGGUGGUGAAAAUGAAAACUUUACAUACAUGGAUCGUCUACAACAACAGAAGAAUGUUGAAGAUGCAGAGGAUCUCGAUGUUAAUGCGAGUCUCCACGGCAACUGGACUAUGGAAAACGCUAAGUCGAAGCUACAUCAAUUCAUGCAGAUCAAUAAAAUUGAUGUUCCAUAUGUAUAUAAAGCUGUCGGACCGGAUCAUACUAAGAGUUUCUGCUGUGAGAUGACUAUAUACGUGCAUCAACUGGGACGCAAUGUGACCGGCCGUGAGACCGCAUCGAACAAACAGACUGCUAGCAAAUCCUGCGCUCUGUCACUAGUGAGACAAUUGUAUCACCUCGGUGUGAUUGAAGCCUUUAGCGGUACACUCAAGAAGGACAGAUCAGCCGAAAACGUAAUGAAGCCGUACAAAGUGGUCAUCAGUCCCCAGUUGGAGGAGAAACUAGAAAAUACAUUAAAAGAUCUGAACAUAGAACCAGUUUAUAUAGAGCAAAAAGUAAACCAAGAUUCUGGCUCGGGUGUUACAUUAUUACAAGACGAUAGAGUGAAGGCUUUGAAGGAAGUCAAACAAACCACUUCCGGUGUAGUAUCAUGGUCGCCGCCUCAAGCCAAUUGGAAUGCAUGGACUGGAUUUAAUAUUGAUGAGGGCCCUUUAGCAUCAGCGACUUUGGAGAGCAUCUCCAAUGAUUUGGAAAGACGUCAUCGCGAUUUGUGUCAGAACAGUCAAAUAUAUCAGGAAAGUCUCAAAGAAAGGGAACAAUUGCCAGUAUAUAGCAUGAAAUCGGAGAUAAUGCAAGCUAUUAAUGACAACCCCGUGGUUAUAAUACGUGGCAACACUGGCUGUGGGAAAACUACACAGGUGUGUCAAUUCAUUUUGGAUGACUAUAUAGCGAGUGGUUCCGGGUCGUAUGCGAAUGUAUGUGUGACGCAACCAAGACGUAUAUCAGCAGUUAGCGUUUCUGAGAGGGUUGCCGCAGAGAGGUGUGAGGAAUUAGGGAAUAGUGUGGGCUACUCAGUCCGUUUUGAGUCUGUAUUACCACGUCCGUACGGUUCUAUACUAUUCUGUACUGUAGGAGUUUUAUUAAGAAGACUUGAAGGAGGGCUACGGGGAGUUAGCCACGUUUUAGUCGAUGAGGUGCAUGAAAGAGACGCAGAUACAGACUUCGCACUCAUCCUUCUACGUGAUAUGGCCCACACGUAUCCCGAACUACGUGUCAUAUUAAUGUCAGCUACGGUCGAUACGUCGCUCUUUGUUGAAUAUUUUGGCAAUUGUCCCGUUAUAGAGGUGCCCGGCCGUACAUUCCCAGUAAAGCAAUAUUUUCUAGAAGAUUGUAUCGAAUUGACCAAAUUUAUACCUCCACCGGAUACUCGGAAACGGAAGUUGUCAGCCAAGAAGCCUGGGGAUGACGAUGAUGAUGAAGGUUUCGGAAUGGAUGACGAGGAGGAUUUGAAUAAAAAUAAUCAAUUAAGCCCAUCAGAGUAUUCACAACACACUAUAGACGCUAUGUCUAAAUUAUCAGAGAAAGAUUUGAGUUUCGAGUUAGUAGAAGCUAUAUUAACCUACAUCAGCAGUCAGAAUGUAGAGGGCGCUGUACUAAUAUUUUUACCGGGAUGGAAUUUAAUAUUCGCGUUAAUGAAGCAUUUGAUGAAUAACAGUAUAUUUGGUGACCCACAAAAAUGUAUAAUCCUGCCAUUACACAGUCAGAUACCACGAGAGGAUCAAAGAAAAGUUUUUAUAACCCCUCCGCCUGGUGUGAUGAAGGUAAUAUUAUCAACGAACAUAGCGGAGACAUCAAUAACAAUCAACGACGUGGUGUACGUUAUAGAUUCAUGCAAGGCCAAGAUGAAGUUGUUCACUUCACACAACAACAUGACGUCAUACGCUACCGUGUGGGCCAGCAAGAGUAACAUAGAACAGCGUUCAGGUCGCGCGGGUCGUGUUCGUGCGGGUGUGUGUUUCACUCUGUGUUCCAGGCUCCGUUUCUCUCGGCUCGAAUUACAUCAGACAGCCGAGAUGUUCAGGACGCCAUUACAUGAACUCGCUUUGAGUAUUAAACUACUUCGUCUGGGUAACAUCGGUCAUUUCCUGUCCAAAGCGCCCGAGCCUCCCCCACUAGACGCAGUCAUAGAAGCCGAGGCUUUACUGAGGGAACUUGGCUGUUUGGACUCAACUGAUAAUAUAACUCCGCUAGGGACUAUACUCGCGAAAUUACCUAUAGAGCCCCGUCUCGGUAAGAUGAUGGUGUUGGGUUUCGUGUUACGUGUGGGUGAUGCCCUUACCACGAUGGCAGCUAACUCGACAACGUUCCCGGAGAUUUUCGUGGUAGAGGGUCGGAGACGGCUGUCCGGACACCAGAGGGCGCUGGCCGGGGAUAGAAGCUCGGAUCAUAUAGCUAUGUUGAAUGCCUUCCAGAUGUGGGAAGGAGAACGAUCUAAGGGAGAGGAUGCGGAAAUAGCUUGGUGUGAGUGGAAAGGACUUCAACAAACUACAUUGAGGGUCACUUGUGAGGCUAAAUAUCAGUUAAUAAAUAUUCUCACAACAUCUAUUGGUUUUCCUGAGGAAUGUUGUAUACCUCGAAGAUGGCUUCCAAAUGUAUCGGACCCUGAAUUAGAUUUAGUUAUAGCUCUGCUUUGUAUGGGGUUGUAUCCUAAUGUAUGUUUACAUCAAGGAAAACGAAAGGUGUUAACAACAGAAGGCAAGCCGGCUUUGAUUCAUAAGACAUCUGUUAACUGCAGCAAUCAAGAACAAUGUUUCCAAUCUCCAUUGUUUGUGUUUGGUGAAAAGGUCCGUACUCGCGCGAUCAGUUGUAAGCAGACCACUAUGGUGGCGCCACUGCAUCUACUGCUAUUUGCCAGUCGGAAAGUUGAAUGGAUAGACAACAUGGUACGUUUAGAUAAUUGGUUGAACUUGGAAAUGUCUCCUCGGACAGCAAGUUUGGUGACUUCACUUCGACCGGCCAUUGAACGUAUUGUAGAAAGGGCAGCUGCCACCCCUGAUGCAGCAUUACAAUUCUCACCUCAUGAACUACAGGUAAUAGAUUGUGUAAAGGAACUUUGCGUUAUGGAUGCAGGAGACUAUAAUAUUCAGCGGCAGACCCCUACAGUAGCUUAUAGACCAAACGAAUUCAAGCGAGGUCAUACAAGAGGAUGGGGUAAUAACGCGCCAAGAGGCUCCACAGGUUUUCAUGGAGGUUUUGGCAACCCGUCAACUGGUUUCAGAGGUAGAGGCUUUCCAAACCAAGGCGAGGGUUUCGGAUACCAAGGAGGUUUUGGGAAUCAGAGAGGUUUCGGCAACCAGAAUAGACCUCGUUUUGAAGGUAGUUUCAGAGGUAGAGGUUUUUAUGGCAAUAAUGAUGAUGGAUAUGAUUCUAAUAGAGGAAGAGGUUACGGCCAAAGAGGUUUUAGAGGCGGCAGAGGAAGAUGGUGA